CGUCCUCGAUGACCCCCGGCUCGCAUCUCGCUAAUAAUAUAACCUCUUCUUCCCGAUCUUUUCCUUUUCCCUUUCCCUCCUCUCUCUGACUUCCUCCCGCGUUAGGUCCUCGGGAACGUAGCGUGGUCACCACCCCACACUCGGUUGGGUCGAGGAUUGAAUUUCUCCGAGUCGAGUUAAACUUACAAGGGAGGAGUGGAGGAAAAAAGAAGGAAAAAAAAUUUUUGCUAAAAGGGUCUUCUCAGUUUUGAACUUCGAUCCGAUGAGUUCUCACGGGGACAAAGGCCUCGCCGGCCAUAAUUCAUCGCUACAAGAAGCCGUGCUUUCAAAGUCGGCCAAUCAUUCAGACGAGGUCACUUACUCGGCCAACACGCCGGAUAAGAGUUUAGAGAAGCCUCACGACUAUGCCGCCGCCGAGAAGUCGCUUACCGAUGAGGAGAGCGCAAAUAUAGGCCAGAUAGCCGGCGACGAGAGCGAAGUACAAAAGAGCUUCCUCUCCAUUUAUUAUCGAAGAUUUCGGGCCUACGUCCACCUCUUUAUCUGGCUCGUCUUUACGGCAUGGUGGAUCUUUGGCCUCGUUCGUUUUCGGAACGAGAAGAACUGGCUGAUCCCAUUCUUAGUAUACCUGGCGAUCACGCUUCGUAUCAUCUUCCUAUGGAUCCCAGUUAAAUAUGCCAUGAUGCCCGUCAAAUUCGUCUGGCGCCAUACCGCCUUCAGGGUUUAUGAGCUGACCCCGAAGAAGCUACAUCGACCACUUGCUGCCGUCGUCACCGUUGCAGUUUUCUUAAUCGGUUCUAUGGUGCCCGAAGAGACUGGCGACAACACGCGCGCCCGCCGUGCGCAAUCUCUGUUUGGUCUAGUAGUUAUGAUUGUUAUCUUGACUGCCACUUCGAAGGACUGGAGGAAAAUUCCUUGGCACACCGUCAUCGGCGGGAUGCUCACUCAGUUCAUUAUCGCCGUCUUCGUCUUGCGAUCCCAGGCUGGUUACGACAUCUUCAACUUCAUUUCUACGCUGGCCCGAACGUUGCUAAGCUUCGCCGCCGACGGUGUCGAAUUCCUAACGGAGAAAUCGGUGACGAAACUGACUUGGUUCUUCAUCAGUGUUGUGCCGCCAAUCAUCUUCUUCGUAGCUCUCGUAUCCCUCCUAUAUCACGUCGGCCUUGUCCAGUGGUUCGUCGGCAAAUUCGCCGUCUUCUUCUUCUGGACUCUCCGAGUUUCGGGUGCCGAAGCCGUAGUGGCCGCCGCGACCCCUUUCAUCGGACAGGGCGAAUCUGCCAUGUUGGUACGUCCGUUCGUCGCGCACAUGACCAUGGCCGAGAUCCAUCAGGUUAUGACGUGCGGCUUUGCCACCAUCGCCGGUUCCGUGCUUGUGGCCUACAUCGGUCUCGGCCUAAACCCUCAGGCGCUCGUCUCUUCCUGCAUUAUGUCUAUCCCGGCAUCCCUCGCCGUCUCUAAAAUGCGCUGGCCGGAGACGGAAGAGACCCUAACAUCCGGGCGGGUCGUUAUCCCAGAAAGCGACGAGCACGAGGCCGCCAAUUCGUUGCACGCCUUCGCGAACGGUGCCUGGCUCGGGUUGAAGAUCGCCGGCAUGAUCGUAGCCACGCUUCUUUGCAUCAUCGCCUUUGUCGGUCUAAUCAACGGACUUCUUACAUGGUGGGGUAGUUAUUGGGGCAUCGAAGAAUUAACCAUUCAGUUUAUUCUUGGCUACUGCUUCUACGUCGUAUCCUGGCUACUCGGCGUACCGAAUGACGAUCUCUUGCUUGUCGGAGAACUUAUCGGUCAGAAAAUCAUCAUCAACGAGUACGCCGCAUUCAAGGCUCUUCAGUCAGACGACCGUUACAGGGACUUGAGCCCGCGAGCCCAGCUCAUCGCCACCUAUGCCUGCUGCGGUUUCGGCAACGUCGGUUCUCUUGGUACUCAGAUCGGCGUCUUGUCUCAGCUUGCCCCUGAACGUGCUGGAGAUGUGUCUAGGGUUGCCAUUUCAGCCCUUAUUUCCGGUAUCAUUUCCACUCUAACAUCCGCCAGCGUUGCCGGCAUGUUGUAUACAGACGAUAUAGGAGCGCCUCUAAGUAUAGUACCGGCAUCUUAGUUGUAUACUUAAUACCAAGUUUGAAGUUUGUCACGGUAUUCACGUAGAAAUACGAUCAUUUAUGUAAGCUACGCGAGAUCUAAGUGUAUAACAGUGUUGAUUAAGGAACUAAGAACGAGCUCUGCUGCCUAUAGUUUAAAUAGAGGCUUAGCUGAUAGGUACCUAAUGUAAUACAAUGAGCUAAGUUGCCUAUUAUAAGGUUGAUGUAUUAAAGGAAGAGAUUAAUAUCAC